AACCGAUCAAUCAACCAGGGAAUGACUCACCUGUUACACUUACUCCAUCGGUAGCUGCACCAUCCUUGGAAGUUACUGGUCAAAACUCAAUAAUUGCUUCUGCCAUUGAUAACACUAAAGAAACAAUUAAUAUUUGUGCAAAAAUUCAAAUACCACUGUUAUCAUCACGAACUAAUAAACGAUCAAAUUCAUUAGAUGCAGUUCAUCAAGCGGAAAAGACAUGUAUUCUUAGACCUGUAAAACGACGUCAAAAAUAA